AUGAAACAUUUCAACAACUCGAGAACCAUCUCACUUUCUCCUCUUCUUUUAUUGUUACAAGCUCCUUCCAAAGUGUUUGUGGAACAAGUAUUUGUGAGAGUAUAUCAAACAAGAUUUGACGGAUUUAAUAGAGAUUUUGUUGAAUCCGUGGCAGAGCAAUUACAACAAAAUCAACAAGCGAACUAUCAUUCUGCUAUUGAACAAUUAUUAUCGGCUGUUUUAUUUGUGAUUCAAUAUUGUGUCUAUCAUCAACUGAAUACUCCCGAACAAAUAUUGUCAUCGGAGCUAUUUACUGAUAAUGAUCCUGCUUUUACCUCCCACGAUAAAUUGAAACAACUUGUUGCUGGAACAGUGUUGAAAUUCCAUAGCGUUUGGAAAGAACAAGCAUUGAAUACACAAAUUGGAUUACCCAAAUUAGUGGAUAUGAAAUGGAGGUAG